UCGUGUGAGCGUAAUUUGGGUUUAAAAAAGGUUACCGUUUGUUUGAAAAAAGACGUAACCUUGAUAAGAUCUAACGAAACUCGAGGAGUUUUCGAGAAAACUUUCCGUUGGAACCCUGAAAAAGGUUUUUUUCGGAAUAUUAAUAAUAAUAUAAAUAACAAUAGUAUAUUAUGCAACAAGUGCGGUAACUGGCAUUUGACUCGCACGAGUGAGUUAAAAAGUUUACCGAACGUGUUGCAUACAACACUUUUUCUACGACCGUUAGUUUUUGGCCACAUUUUCGCAAAACAACACGAAUACAUUCACUAACAUGACUGUCAGAAUUGACAAACGUCAAAAUUCAAAGCGUGGGAAAUAACUCCGAAAACAUCUGAUUGCUCUCAAACCCGUGCGGUAAAUUCCCGGAAAUAUCAGAAACUGGCGCAGAUCCAUGGGAAACAGAACUGAGGUGGUAAAGUGACGCUUCCCACACUCUAGGUCAGUGUGUAAUUAAGUAUUUUACAGACGGGAGUAGAAAAAAAAAAGAAACCAUCACUGUCCAAUACACCUUGAUCACAUUCACCACUUUCAAAACCAAAUUCUGCUUUUACAGAUCGCUUCGCUACCGCUGCCUAGCACAAAAUAAACAACUUGUUGGGUUUGUGGCGCAUGUGCUACCGGACGUUCCCGCUACGGUUUUGUAAACUCUAAACGUCCAACACUUUCUCUCAGAUAAACAACUUCGGACUCCCGUAACAUAAAGAAAUAUAAUUGUUUGUGGUUUGUUCUUCUUUUGUUUCUAUGGGAUAGUGACGCGCAAGAGCAGGUUAUAAAUCCGUAGUGGAAAAUUUCUAACUGCGGUUUCCGGAUACUAGAUGGCGCCAGAUCUCUCGUCGGUGGUCCGCGGUUAAAACGCGAGUUGUAACGGCGUUCUCGAGUGCGCUGCUCCGCGAUUACGUUUUUUUUUAACCUCCGCGGUCGUCCCCGCCUCAUGAAUAAUAAUCGAGCGGCUUUCGUUUCGACCGAGACAACUGUCCGGAGCCGGUGGUCGGGAAGGAGAAUUUCCCUCCCCAAAGCCGAGACCGUAAAUUAUCCAGCGAACGCCGAAAGCUAAAAAUACCUGGGCCGCGACCGGAGUAGUGGUCGCGAAUUUCUGCGGCGUUCACGUGCGUCAGUGGCAAGCCAGCGCCGUCAUCUUGUACCUGUGUUUGUUUAAAUAGACCGCGACCCGACCGCCACGGGUAUUUUUUACUUUAUCGCGACGAAUCGCUUCAGGUGUGCUGCGAGUGCGGGUCCGUGCGAGUGUCGCCCGAGAUUUAAAUGUUAGAAAAAGUGCGUGUGUUCUGUUAUGCGAAGCCGGUUCGUUGUUGGAUACGCGCGGAACGGAUAAGGACCAAAGGAAUGUGAUAAAAGAUAGCGGGAUGUCGAAUGGGCCGUGCGGAUGAGCGCGGGCGGCUCGCCGUCGCCGCCGUCGCCCCCGUCGGCGGCGGCGCUGCGGGCGGCCGCCGCCUCCGGCGACGUCGCCGCCUGUCAGCGUCUCCUGGGCAACGUCAGAGGCGUGCGCUUCUCGAGGGACGAGGCGGGACGCUCCGCCCUCCAUCUGGCCGCCGCCGCGGGCCACGCCCCCGUCGUCCGGCUGCUGCUGAGCGUCGCGGCGCCCCGGGAAGCCGACGGACCCGACGCUGACGGCUGCGCCGCCCUCCAGAGGGCGGCGGCUGACGGCCACGAAGACGUCGCGCGUCUCCUGCUGGCCGCCGGCGCCGACGUCGACGCCACCGACGCCGUGCAUGGCAACACCGCUACGCACGAGGCCGCGUGGAAGGGCUACAGCCGCACGACCAGGCUGUUAGCGGCGUCGGGGGCGGACCUCGCCAAAGUGAACGGGGGCGGUUUCACCGCCCUCCACCUCUGCUGCCAGAACGGUCACAAUCAGUCGUGUCGGGAACUCCUGCUGGCCGGCUGCGACCCCGACCUGCAGAACAAUUACGGCGAUACGGCGCUGCACACGGCCGCGAGGUACGGUCACGCGGGCGUGACCCGCAUCUUGAUCUCUGCGCAGGCGCGUGUGUCGGAACGCAACAAAAACGGCGACACCGCCCUGCACAUCGCGGCCGCGAUGGGCCGCCGCAAACUGACCAGGAUCCUGCUGGAGGCGGGCUGCGACAGGAGCGUGCGCAACAAGCAGGGCGAGUCGGCCAGAGACAUCGCCGUCAGGAAAGGUUUGGCGGAGAUCGUCGACAUCUUGGACGACUGCGUGAGGAGAGACAAGAAGGCCAAGGGGAGGAAGAGGUCAAAGAGCAAGGUCCGCUUCGUCGCCAAGACGGCCAAAGACAAGACGGAGACGCCCCUUCUGGAGAAGACCAAACACUGGUCGCCGUACGGCUGCCACUACUACCCGGACCCGGAAGCGUUCCCGUCGCCCAGACUCGACUCGCUGCCCCAGGAGCCGCUGAAAAAGGGCGAGCAGUACUACCUAGACCUCGCGGGGAACAUCUGCAAGGGCCCCGUGAGCGUGGGCUACACGUGCUACUGCGCGCCCCUGUUCCGGCACCUGGAAGCGAAGAUCGAGAGGGACAAGAAGGAGCUGAUGAGGGCGCAGGUCAGACUCAACCAGCGGGUCGCGGGACUCGAGCAGAAACUCAGCAGAGGAGGGCACGGACGACGCUCGGAGAGAGCGACGGCGUCGCGGGAACCGGAACCCCAAUUGCCCAGAUCGCGGAGUCUCGAGAUGCUCGACAAGCGGGACGAGACGCAGCUACAAAACGCGAGGAGCAUGGACGAGCUGGAAGCGGAGGAGCAGAGGCCGUCGGUUAAGGAGCUGGUGGCUAGGAUCCAACAGCAGUCGGCGGCCAAUAACAGCGAGAGCAGCGACGACGAGGAAGCUCUACGGGUGCCCCAAUGCAAGGGCGUCAUGGGCGACUCCAACCUGGUCGAUUACGAGAACGUGGACGCCGGCGUCCCCAGGAGUAGGAGCGGCCUCUAUAGUCCUACGGCGAACGUGGAGGCGGGCGCGCGUUACGUCGAGCCCAUCGUCUACGUGUACAACCAGCAGCCGAGCACCAGCAAGUACCGGUACUACCAGAACGAGGCGGCGUCCGGUGCCGCGCGAUUUUACGACGGAGGCGUCGGCGCGCGACUCGCCAAAUUACGCGUGUUGGACAACAACGUCGAGUCAAAAAACCCGAUCGAAGGCUCCUCGAGGAUGCUGGACGCGACCCUGAUGAUCGAUAGCGUCGACCGGGACGAUUCGGGGUACUCCACCAAAGUGUACGGCAGUUCCAAAGGGAACUCGCCGAGUUUGGACGCGACCGAGGCCUUGGGCGCCUCCAGUUUGGUCUAGCUAAUCGGGGAGCUAAGGUGCGCGCGCGGUGUUUCAGUGUACAUAGACGGCGAGGACGUCGAAUUGUUGAAUGAUUUGUAUAUGUAUGGAAAUCCGAGAAUAAAGCUCUAUUUUA